AUGGAAAAUUCGGAAGGCUUGCUGAAUAUCACCGUAAAAGCAGUGAGUUUCCGGAAACUGCUAGUCUCUUGGAACCCCGUGGCUGAAGACGGCGACCUUAAAGGGUACAAUGUUUCCUGGUGGCGGUGCGAUCCCUACAAAGGCUGCAUCCACGGAGGGGUGACGACAUCUAGGCUCGUUAACGACACCAAACUUUCUGUCCCUGAACUGGAGCCCAACACGACUUACACAGUCCAGGUGGUCGCAAUCUACGAGCGAAAAAAGGUCACGUGGCGAGGCACAGCGGCAAGCGUAUCGGCCACCACCACACCCGAUAGCAUUCCACCGGUGACGAACAUCUCGCUCGCAAAGACCAAUCGGAAGCGUGCCACUUCCGACGUAACCAUUAGCUGGACUACGACGGAGGAUGCCUUCGAGUCCAUCGUUCCUGGAUAUCACGUCAGGCUUUGCAUCGGUCCCGAAGACGUCCCUGGAGAAUGCCUUAACGAGACAGUGUCUGACGGGAAAUUCAACGCUACCUUCCUGGGAAUUACAAAUUUUGCAGCUCUAUUUGUUUCGGUACGGCCCGUUUUGAAGACACCGGACGGAACGAUCGAUGGCGGGGAAAGCACGGCAAGGAGUACAAGCUGGACGCCUCAGAUUCCGAGCGUCGGUGAGCUCGUCGUUAGUGACGUCACAAGCACGUCAGCUCGCGCGUCUUGGUCGAAAGUAGAGGUGAUAGACGGCCUCCAGGGUGCUCACUACAGGGUCGUGCUGAGCGUGGGACCGGGACAAGAGGGCUCGGUGUGUGCCGCUCGUCGGAGAGACGUUAGGCGUAAUGACAGAGCCGAGCAGCGGAGACGAACUUCGCUUGCGAUGGCGAAUUCCGAUGUCUGCGAAGGACCCGUCGUGCUAAACGCGUCCACGAGUGACGCGAGCAUUGGCCUGCUCGACUUGAAGCCGUGGACUAACUACACCGUAUCUGUGACUCCAGGAGUCAUCGGACGCGGGCUCGUCGUGCAGGGAAAUAUCUCGACGCAAGUGUUCGAGACGCCAGCAGAAGCUCCGGGUAAGCCAAGGAACGUGUCCAUAAAGAAGCGCGGAGGGGACCACUACCUGACUUGGCUUCCUCCGGCACAGUGGAACGGGCCCCGUUCCGGCUAUGAAGUGAGCGUCUCUUGUGCGCACAGCAACGCCAGAGCCAACAGCACAAUCGUCGCGGUCAAAGCGGACACGACGGAGCUCAAGAUCCCACGCCUAAGAUCUGGCGUGCCGUGCACCUUGUCCGUCUACGCCUACAACCUGUACUUUGGCGAGCCUCUUGACGGAGAAAAAGUUAGAGUUCGUUUUACUCCUCCGAAGAGAGAGGAUGCUUUCUCUGUCGAGUCUUCGACGAAAGAUUGACGCGUUGCGGCGAUAUCGUGCUGGUGCGGAAGAGUUCGCUCAGUAAGGCCGCAUGAUUGAAUAAAAGGUAAAAAUUUUAAUGA